AUGCUAGAAUAUCUCAAAACAGCAGCAGCUGAUACUGGAACAAAGAGCAGACAUGGAUACUAUCUGCUAUCAAAGUUUGAGAUACUGCAGUGUGGCGAUGUUGAAAAACUCAUCAAAAAGCGCGUUAACCCAAGGGAGAAUCCUGUUUAUUAUGUUAGCAUAGAAGAAACAUAUGAUGUGGUUAGGCGUGCACAUAUAGCCACAGGACAUGGUGGUCGAGAUCGCAUGACCAAAGAAAGCAACAAAAAGUAUGCAAACAUCACUCGCGAUGUUCUCAAUCUGUUCAAGUCUUAUUGUCAUGAAUGUCAGAAGAAACGUAAGCGCCCAAGGAUUAAGGGUGUUGUAGUGCGCCCCAUUCUCACAAAUGAGUUCGCUUCUCGCGCACAAAUUGAUCUUAUUGAUAUGCAGUCCAUGGCCCAAAAAUCAUUUAAGUGGAUUUUUGUCUAUCAAGACCACCUAACCAAGUGUGUCAUUCUUCGAGCCCUAACUUCAAAGCGUGCUGCUGAGGUCGCUCAUCACCUGCUUGAUAUAUUCCUUCUCAUUGGUGCCCCAUCUAUUCUCCAGAGCGACAAUGGAAGUGAAUUCACAGCAGAGGUUAUCAGUGAACUGAACAUUGUGUGGCCCAGGCUGGUUAUGGUCCAUGGUAAACCUCGACACCCUCAAAGUCAGGGGUCUGUGGAAAGGGCAAAUGGUGAUAUCAAGGAUAUGCUUGUUGCAUGGAUGGGAGAUAAUGACACAAAUGAUUGGUCAGUAGGCAUAAAAUGUGUUCAAUUCCAAAAGAAUUCGAGUUAUCAUUCAGGAAUACAGAGAUCGCCAUAUGCUGCCAUGUUUGGAUGUGAAGCCAAAGUUGGCUUAACAUUGUCGUCUUUGCCAACAGAAGUAGUUGUACGGAUGCAAAGUGAGGAUGAUCUUAUAUCUGCCAUAUCCAAUGUACCAAUCGUCCUAGAACAUACUGCUGCUGAUAUACACGAAUCAGUACCAAGCACCAGUCAGGAACCAGCACCGAGCAGCAGUCAUGAAGUCAUGCCAAACACUAGUCAGGAACCAGAUGAGUGGGACAGUAGACUUGACCCUGAAAUGUCAUUGCUCUCAGCCAUAACUGAUUUAGUUUUAGAUUUAGCACCAGAGUAUGGUGGUCCACAUUUGAUGAGUCCUGCUCCAGUUACUGUCUCGGCUGAUUUACUCAACGCUCGUAUAGACAGUAUCUUAAAUGAGAGAAAUGGUGCGAGUUCCUCCCAGAUGACUCAGGCUGAGCGUAUGGUCAAGAGAAGUAAACUGGAGCUAACAAGUGGACAGGUGGGAGACAACGUAGCUGUACCUAUCCCUCUUGUGGAUAGGGGACGCGGUGACCCACGAAAUAUUCUCGGAAUAAUCAUAGACCGUGAUGAGAACGAUAUGUACACAAUUUGUGUGAAAGCAGGGAUUCUAAAAGGGAAGUUUACACGCAGUCAGUUUGAUUUGUGCCCCCAGCGUUUACUUACUGAUGCUGAUGUAAACCAGACGAAGUCAGUGACCGUGCGCCAAGGUGUUAAUCAUGAAUCCAACUGUGGUGGACAGGGAUAUAUAGCCUUGUGUGCAAAAACAAGUGAUCUUUCUAUACCAAUAUGUUACUUUCAUAAUUUGACACUGACUACUUGGUUAAUAUUCAACUUCAUCUUCAUCUAUUUUACUACAACUUCUGAAAUGAUUUGA